AUGAAAAUUCCAUCAAAGAAUAUUGUCGAUAUUAAACUAAUAAGAAAUAUUUAUACACACGAGAAAACAAAAGUUUACUGUGCAAGUGGGAAACAUAAAGAUAGUCAAGAAAAUAUUAAAAUUGCACUCAAAAUGUAUAGGAAAGAUAUGAUCAUUAAUCCUAGAAAUGUGUGGAAUGAACGUAAAGUACUGGAGCGUAUUUAUCAUCACUGUGUAGUAUUAAAGAAUUCGGCACCUCAAUUAAUUUACCUCUAUGAUACAUUUAUAAUGCAAGAUGAUCAAGGAAAUUCCAACAUUUGUUUUGUAUUGGAUUAUGCAUUAGGAGAUCCUUUACAUAUUUAUAUUAAAAAUAAAGAAAUUGACAUUCUUUAUAUCAAAAGUAUAAUCAAACAGUUAGUGGAAGCAAUAGGAAUUCUUCAUAGUAUAGGGAUUAUACAUAGGGACAUUAAAUGCAAUAAUAUUAUAUUUAACGAAGAUACAGGACAAAUUAAAGUUAUUGAUAUGAGUUUAUCAUGUUUUAUUGAGAAAGAUGAACGGUUAACACAAUUUUGUGGAUCAUUUCAUACAAUGCCUCCAGAAAUUAUAUGUGUAGAUAAACCAAAUUAUUCGCUUCCUUUUGACUGGUGGUCUGUAGGAAUACUGACGUAUGAAUUAUUGUUUGGGCAACAGCAGUUAAAUAGGAUAAAUAAUUCUCCUGAUUCAAUAAUUUUUCCAUGGGAAUUAAAAUAUUCAAAUGAAACUGAUAUAAACAAAGACUUAAUACUUGCAGAAAAUUUUAUAAAGAGUCUUUUAGUUUCUGAUGAAAGCAAGCGUUUAGGUAGUGUGAACGGUUUCAAAGAAGUUUAUUCUCACCCUUGGAUUUCUACAUUUACUUUGAAAUAG